AUGCCACCGCGAACGGCAGCCGACAAGAAAAAGGCGGAGCAGGACUGGUUGCAGAAUCUUGUCGUUGAUCUAUUACGUGAAGAGGAGAACAAAUUCUGCGCUGAUUGCGAGGCAAAACAACCGAGAUGGGCCUCGUGGAACCUUGGAAUCUUCAUCUGUAUCAAAUGCGCGGCCGUGCAUCGAAAUCUUGGUGUCCACAUUUCGAGGGUUAAAUCCGUGACACUGGACACGUGGACUCCUGAGCAAGUACAACAUAUGAGACAAAUCGGGAAUGCUGUGGCAAAAGCUGCUUAUGAAGCUGACUUACCCGAGAAUUUUCGACGUCCCACAACAGAUCAAUCGGUGGAAGCGUUCAUUCGAGGGAAAUAUGAGCACAAGAGGUACAUGGACAAAAACUGGAAACCCCCGGUGAUCGACGUGAGCCAAUUGCCAAAACUGGGCGAGAAAAUGGAGAGACGAAUGCCGAAAAUUGAAAUCCACAGCCAAGCCCCAAGUCAACGAGAGAGCCGAAUUGAACCGAUCGGAGGACAUAAGCAACAGCCACAAGUCACCUCAAACAAUUCAUCUCAACUACUCGAUUUCUCGAGUUCAUCAACAGCUACGAACCUCGGCAGUUUACUCGAUUUCUCCGAUUCGUCAACAACAACUGUGGCAAAAAGCGAUUCCCAAGAUUUGGAUGAUAUCUUUGGAUCGAUGGUUUCUGCGCCUCCACCUGUUUCUUCUCAACCAGUGCAACAACCAACUCAUCAGCCAAUCCACCAACCAUCUCCAUCUCCACAAAUCCCUCAAUCUGAACAUGUCAUUACACAGGACAACGCCUCAACAAUCUCUCUAGCUGGAGAUCUCUCCGGAUUGAGUUUGAACUCGGAACCACCAAAAAAGAGCAAUAGUGACAUUUUGGCGUUGUUUGCAACCACACCACAGAAACCCCUUGUCACUAAAUCGACCUCGAAUCUGACUCAUCAGCCACAGGGAGAUUUUGGCGUGUUUGGAGGAGCGGCUCAAGGUGGGAAUUGGUUCCCGACAUUUGGCGGUCAACCCCAGCCACACAGCAUUGCCGGCACUCCGCACGGCACUCAGCCUCAUAUGGCUUUUCAACAAGGAAUUAUUCCACCCGGUCUCAACACUCCACAAUUUUCCGGUAAUCAAGCAACCACUUUCGCCGCCGCGUCUCCAUUCGCCACACCAAAUAACUCAAUGGAUUCAUUUUCCGCUUUCUCAUCACCACCCGCUCAACAUUCGACCGCUCCGCCAAGCAACUCGACCGCCCAAAUGAAUCUCGAUCAGUUAUUUUCU